AAAAAACAGAGCAUCCCAAGAAUCUUUAAUAGAUGGCGCUUCAUUAACAAAAGUACCUUUUUACAUUCCCAUCCACACCACUCCCAACACCGACAAAAUCGUCUCGAAUCACCCAAAACUAAUACUACCAUCGCUCUGGGAAUCUGAGCUCCCAAUGAACAAAUUCAUUUGCCAGAAACAUUGGAUCUCUACAUGGAAAUCAGCAAGCCUAUGCACCAGAGAAAAUGGCUGCUGCCCAUGUCAUUCUCUCUCCUCACCUCCUCUCUCCUCAUCAUUCUAACCCUCUUCACCGCAGUCCCAUUUCGCCAUACGCCCCGAAUCAAGCCUCAAGUUCCCGUCUUUGUUGAAUCCAAGCUGCAAUUAGAGCCUCCAAAUCCCAGUUCAAGAAUCCCUAGGUUGGCCUAUUUGAUCUCUGGCUCGCGUGGGGAUUGUGGGACUUUGAAGAGGACUUUGAGAGCUCUGUAUCAUCCAUUGAACCAGUAUGUUGUGCACUUGGACCUUGAAGCCAAGGCUGAGGAGAGGAUUGAACUGGUGGAAUUCGUCAAGAAUGAAACUUUGUUUGAGAAAGUUGGGAAUGUGAGGGUUGUGGUCAAGUCUAAUCUGGUCACCUAUAGAGGCCCUACUAUGGUUAGUAAUACCCUCCAUGCUGCAGCAAUCUUGUUGAAGGAAUGUGGAGAUUGGGACUGGUUCAUCAAUUUGAGUGCAUCUGAUUACCCUUUGGUUACACAAGAUGACAUGCUCCAUACUUUAUCAGCUGUGCCGAGGGACCUAAACUUUAUUGAGCAUACUAGUGACAUUGGUUGGAAGGAAUACCAGAGAGCCAAGCCUGUUAUAAUUGAUCCUGGGCUUUAUAGCGUACAAAAGUCUGACCUUUACUGGAUCACUGAGAAGCGCAAAGUUCCUACUGCAUUCAAGCUUUUCACAGGUUCAGCUUGGAUGAUGCUUUCUCGUUCCUUCAUGGAGUUCUGUUUAUUGGGGUGGGACAACCUGCCCAGAGUCGUACUUAUGUACUAUGCAAACUUUCUUUCAUCACCAGAAGGGUACUUUCACACAGUCAUUUGCAAUGCUGAAGAGUUCCGUAACACUACUGUGAACCAUGACCUCCAUUUCAUAUCAUGGGACAACCCUCCUAAGCAGCACCCGCAUUUCUUGACAGUAGAUGACUAUCAGAGAAUGGUUGACAGCAAUGCUCCCUUUGCCAGGAAAUUCCAAAGGGAUGAAGCUAUUUUGGAUAAGAUUGAUUCUGACCUCUUAGGCCGUAGCACUGAUGGCUUUGUACCAGGCAGUUGGUACAGUGGAGAGGAGUCAAAUGCAAAUGUUACCGAGCUUAGACCUGGUCCUGGUGCUGAAAGACUCAAAACUCUGAUCGAUGGCUUGAUAUUGGAUAAGGAUUUCCAUGCAAAACACUGCAUCUAGCUUUUGGCAAUGGAUUCCGUAAUGAAGUAGUAUUAUGGGAAGGGAGUCGGUUUACACAGUAUUAGGAGGAAAAUCUAAUGAGCUGCUGCUCAUUCUCACCUAUGAAUAGUGUGACUUUUUCUAAUAUGCGACUCGGUACUCUUUACUUGAAGUACCAUGUAGGUUUCAGAACUUGUAGGUCAAAACUAGAGUUACUUUACGACUUAUAUCUGACCGAAUUGGUCUCUGAUAAAGGCAGUCUAAAGCUGGAUUUUGAUGCAUAUGCAUACAUAUUGAGUUUUGGUUCAAGAAGCAUGAUUUCAUAUUCUUAGAUCCCUGUUGUAUGCCAUAGUUCUUUCUAUUCAUGCUUUUUGUCACCAGUUGUCUAAUCUACGCCAAAGCUCCCAACUCCAACAUCUGGCGUUUGUCGGGAGUCUGCAAGUUCAGAGAAAUGGAGAAAUCUAUGGCAGCCAGAAAAAAGACACGGGCCAAGAACGAUAUCAUGCUCUCUACCAUGUGCAUUACUACAAUUCGCAGUGACUUGUUUUCCAGUUAUGGCUGAUGUUAACUCUACUGAUUCCAUCAAUAUUCCAUGACAAGGUACAGACUUGCUACAGUUUAGAUUAAUGGCGAUAUGCGUUGCUGAUGUCCCCACUGCGUGCCGGUAAGACACAUUGCUUAUUUGAACUCCAGUUUUCUUUACAAAAUGAUCAAUGAGAUGCAAUCAAUCAUCAUUCAGUUAAGUCGAUAAUUUUGAAUAUGUAGUAGAAAUUUCUUACCAGCUCUGGGCAUGCGCCACUGACAUCGCAGUAGUUUUGGUCUAUGAUUAUCGGGUUCUUCACGUUGUUGAAUGUAAGUCUUUCAAAUGCGACGCUCUUAAGAUAUCCUCUUCCCACCUUAGCAGCAUAACCAAGCACAGGUUAGUACGGAAGUAUUUAGAGUUGAUUUUUUGUAAAAUGAUGGAAAAUUCGGAGGUUAUUUCGGACCAACCUGCCAUGUUUUUAUUCGAGCUCCGUUUGUGGUGUCAUUGAAGAUGCAAUUAGUUACAGUGAUGUCAAAAACAAAACCAUGGAGCCAUGCGUAAAGUGUACAAUAUCAUACUAAUGUACCGGUACAUCAGCGGUGGAGGCAGUAAAAGUUAAAAGAAUGAAUUAAUUACUAUGGAACUCUCUGUACGGCCAUCGCCUAUGGCUCCAUAGUCGGUGACAUUGAAAUAUGUCGUUUCAUCAAAUGCCGAUGCAAGGUAUGGUGAGGAAGAAGAAACCAAAACAAAUAAUAGCACCACAAACUUCAUAGCAUCCUACACAGAAUAUUACAACAUUAUUAAUUUUGCUUUCAUUCAAUAAUUAAUUACCUUAUGUGUGUAUAUAUAGGAAUUAGUUCCGUGUAUAUCACAACUCUAUGCGUAUAUGCAUUAUCUUUGAAUUCUCACCAUGGAUAAUUCAA